AUGCUCACUCCAUAAAUUAAAGAUUUUAAUGAUGAAAGUUUUAUACUGAAUAAUAAAGAGCAAGGAAAAGAAGAUAAUACCAUGAUAAUAAAUAUACAAUAAAGCAUCAGACAGCAAUAAGGAAAUGGGGUAGAAGAAGAGUUGAAAAAUAUACACCAAUCUUAGAGCAAUAACUUAUAAAAUGAAAAAAGACAUGAACCUUCUAGUUCUACUUUAAUUGAAGAUGAUUAAUUAAAACAUGGAGACAAUAUUCCUAAAAAAUAUUUGAAGUAAAAAGAAAUGAAAGAAAAAUAAUAACCAAAAAAAAGAAAGACAAUUCAUAAAGAAAUUCCUACUAAGAUUUAAUAUAGAGCAAAUUAAAAUUAAAAUGUUAAAAAUGACAAAACAUUAUAAUUUAAAAAUUAAAUUAAGGGAUUCAUAUCAAAAUACUUUAAAAGACUUUCUAAGCAAAAAAGAGAGAAUCUUCUUGACUUUGAUAUUCCUAUGAAAAUGUUUGAGAGGAUGAAAGGAUGUCACAAAAAAACUGAUUUGUUCUUGAUUAUUAAUUAAUUUUUCUCCUCAGGCAAACCCACCUAAGAAGAUUAUGAACUAUACUUAAGUUAACGUUUCUAAUAACAAUACGAAUAAAUAUAACCAGAUGAAGAAGUUUUACAAGAUGAUUAAUAUUUAGAAAGAUAAUCAUAAUUAAAAAUUUAAGAAAGAGAGUUUCAAUUGCUUACUUAGCUAAGAGACGACUAUCUAAAAGAUCCAUAGUAUGAAGGAUAUGAUGGCUUUAUAGAAUUUAUCAAUUAUUAUAAUCGUUUGACAUCUUUUUUCCGUAGAGAUAUAUAUAAAUAUCUCAUGAGCUAAAGUUAUGUCCAUGCUGUCUGUGUUAAAAAAGCAGAAAAAUUUGAUCAAAUUUAUAUUAAAAACAUUAUAUUAAAUAUUAUUUUAAACCCAAAAGUUUUGAUUUGA